UUUUUCUGCUGAAGUUCCAGUGAGUGACACUACGUCAACUGGAGGCAGCUACAAGCAGCAAUACCGUAUCCAGUUAUUUUAAUAGAUCCAUGGGGUCGCCUCGCUCCCUCUGGUUCCUCCUUCUUUCGGGUCAGGAGGUAACACUUCCGACCAAACACACGUGUUCGUCAGGCGUCACGCUGCCGCUCGAAACAUGGCGGACCUCCAGAUGAAGCUGCUCCGCAAGAAAAUCCAGAAAAGAAACGACAAGAACAAAGAGAGGAAACUGAAGCAGAAGAGCCAGGACCAGGACGGAGACCCGGGAAAUGGACUCGUGAAAGAGGCUUGUGAAGAGACGUCUGCCCCCACAGAGACGGAAGUCAAACCCAAGGAGGCGCAGCAGCAGACAGAGGGCGCUGUGGAGGAGAGCACUGCGCAGAACACCACAGAGCCUCCAGUGAAGAAGAAGAAAAAGAAGAGGAAGCUGGGAGAUGCCGCACCACAGGAGGCGCCAGUGGAGAAGAAAACCAAACCCUCUGAAGGAGACGAUGAAGAUGAUGAAGAAGAAGAGGACGAGGAGGAGGAGGCGGAUGGAGAGAAGUCAGGAGCUGAGCGAGGACCUGAGGUGGAGGAGGAGGAGCUGCCCGAGCUUCCAUCUGGACUCACAGGAGCGUUCGAGGACACGUCUUUCUCCUCUCUGUCCGAGCUCGUCAGUGAGAACACGCUCAAAGGAGUCAAGGAGAUGGGCUUCGAGCACAUGACCGAGAUCCAGCACAAAACCAUCCGCCCGCUGCUGGAGGGGAGGGACGUGUUGGCCGCCGCGAGGACGGGCAGCGGGAAAACUCUGGCCUUCCUCAUCCCCUCCAUCGAGCUCAUCUACAAACUCAAGUUCAUGCCCAGGAACGGCACUGGUGUGGUGAUCCUGUCCCCCACUCGGGAGUUGGCCAUGCAGACGUACGGCGUCAUGAAGGAGCUCAUGACCCACCACGUGCACACGUACGGCCUCAUCAUGGGCGGCAGCAACCGCUCGGCCGAGGCGCAGAAACUCGCCAACGGAGUCAACAUCCUGGUGGCCACGCCCGGGAGACUGCUGGACCACCUGCAGAACACGCCCGGCUUCAUGUUCAAGAACCUUCAGUGUCUGAUCAUCGACGAGGCCGACCGCAUCCUGGAGGUCGGCUUUGAGGAGGAGCUCAAGCAGAUCAUCAAACUCCUGCCCAAGAAGAGGCAGACGAUGCUGUUCUCGGCCACUCAGACUCGCCGCGUGGAGGAUCUGGCUCGUAUCUCGCUGAAGAAGGAGCCUCUGUACGUGGGCGUGGACGACAACAAGGACAACGCCACAGUGGACGGACUGGAACAGGGCUACGUGGUGUGUCCCUCAGAGAAGCGCUUCCUGCUCCUCUUCACGUUCCUGAAGAAGAACCGAAAGAAGAAGCUGAUGGUGUUCUUCUCCUCCUGCAUGUCCGUCAAGUUCCACUACGAGCUCCUCAACUACAUCGACCUGCCCGUCAUGGCCAUCCACGGGAAGCAGAAGCAGACCAAGCGCACCACCACCUUCUUCCAGUUCUGUAACGCAGACUCUGGGAUCCUGCUGUGCACAGAUGUGGCAGCUCGAGGCCUGGACAUCCCCGAGGUCGACUGGAUCGUCCAGUACGACCCCCCCGAUGAUCCCAAGGAGUACAUCCACAGAGUCGGCAGAACUGCUCGAGGGAUCAACGGCCGAGGCCACGCCCUCCUCAUCCUGCGCCCGGAGGAGCUCGGGUUCCUGCGCUUCCUCAAGCAGGCCAAGGUGCCGCUGAGUGAGUUUGAGUUUUCCUGGAGUAAGAUCUCAGACAUCCAGUCUCAGUUGGAGAAGCUCAUAGAGAAGAACUACUACCUGCACAAAUCUGCCCAGGAGGCCUACAAGUCGUACGUCCGGGCCUACGACUCCCACUCGCUCAAGCAGAUCUACAGCGUCAACACCCUCAACCUCCCCAUGGUGGCGCUGUCCUUCGGCUUCAAAGUGCCCCCGUACGUCGACCUCAACGUUCACAGCGGAAAAGGCGCCAAGCUGCAGAAGCGCGGAGGAGGCGGCGGCUUCGGGUACCAGAAGUCCAAGAACAUCCACAAGGCCAAGAUCUUCAAACACGUCAACAAAGGCAAGAGGGACCAGAGACAGUUCUCCCGCUAGGACCUUCCUCCCUCCUCCCCGUCUCCUCCUGGACUCCUGUCUCCUUCCUGGACUCCUGUCUCCUCCUGGACUUAUUUUAGACCUUUUUGACAUAUUCAGGGGGCAAAAGGGUCUGUUGUCCCGGUUUUUACGCACAUUAUUCAAAACCAUCUUAAAUGUUCCCUCAUCGAAAACUUACCUGGAGUUGUAUUUAGUUUCAUUCACGCUUGUUUCAUUCAUCCAAAGUUGGACCCUCUUGUUAUCGGGAGUGUGCUUUGCCAUGAGUCCGAUGAUACGAUACAUGUGAUAUGCAUGUCAUGAUUUGAUAUAUUCCGAUGUAUCUCGAUACUGAAACGUAAGACGAUAUAUAUUGUGAUUUAACAAUAAAUACUUCUGUUAAUACA